GCGCUUUCGGAGAGUUUAGUUCUGUGGUUUCGUUUCCGAUGUACAGUCUCGAAGAGAACAUCAACCAUGACAAAUCAAGCGAUGUCAUUCUUAUCAAUAAUAGUAAUACUUACAGUAUACAUUUGCUUUACAAAAGCUCACGAUGAAGUCCUCGGAAAUCAAACAGUGAGAGACAUUUUGACGAAAAACAAAUGUCUCUGCCCUUGUACGAUGGCUGCCUCUGGAGGCUGGAAAAAUUUCUUAGUCCCUUUUAAAGAAGGAAGUUGGUUCGAGGCAAUUUCCUAUUGCAACGAGAAUGGCAUGUCGUUAGUUCAGAUUCGUGAUCAAUAUGACAGUAAAGAGCUCCAGGAUUGGCUCGGCGAGUACGGGUACGGACAGAGUGAGACAUUCUGGAUUGCUGCUAAUGAUCUUGCUACGGCGGGUGUUUUUCGGUGGGGUUUAACAAAUAAGCAAGUAAAAUACAAACAGUGGUCUGCUGGGGAACCAAAUUCAGCAUUGAUUCGGGGAGAAACCGAACACUGCGUAGAACUGAUAGCACAAUCGAUGAAGUGGAACGAUUCAGUUUGCUCGAAGAGACUAAAGUUUAUUUGUGAGAGAUAUGUAGAAUAAAUUUGGCUUAGGUAAAACCUAGUUAUUUUACCAGAAUAAAGAUAAUA